ACCUGCCUAGAAACAUCCGUUCCUCUUCCCGUUGAGGGUUAUCGUAACAUAAUUUUUGCUCGCAAACUGAGCUAACAACCAAGUUAGACAAAUAUGUUGGUGGAUAAUACAGUGUGCAUUUUACUAUACGAACCGCAAAAAAAACAUGGAAUUAAUGGCCGACAGGAACUGACCAUUGAACAGUUUGCGACCAGCAUCACAAGAAGCUAACGUUAGCUCAGCUAGCGUUAACGGCGAUGUUGUUAGCCCAUAGAUACCAGUUUACAUUGUCAUGAAAAACACAACGGAGGCAGUUGAUCCUCAGUGUGAAAAAUGUGGAUAGAGUUGCUCAGACCAUGACAUGUUUGUCUCUCACCCCUGUUCAGAAAUGCUGACCGCUCCGUCCAGUAAAGGGCAGCUGGGCAGCUACAAAUGCUCUCAGUGCAAUGAGGUCUUUUCCAAACCAGAUGCUCUGAAACAACACUUCAAAAUCACUCACAGUGGACGUGACCCUAAAGGCCCGUUCGCCUGCACCGAGCAAGGCUGCCAGUUCAGCAGUACAGACCAUCAGGAGUAUCAAGCCCACUUGAUGUCCACACAUGGUCUCACUCUUAUUCCUUGCACCUUCCAGUCCUGCAAAGUGUCACUGCCUACACAGGGUGAGAUGGAGAGACACUUGUUGGGCCACAUGCCCUUUGGCUGCUUUCAGUGCCAGUUUGUCUCUGAAAAUGCAGAAGAGCUGAGUGACCACGUUUUGGAGCACAACCAUCUUCCAACAUGUGCUCAAGGGAACGAGACAGCAUCCACAACCGUAUGCAGUACCGCAAGCCAUCAGCCUCAAGUUCCCAGCAGGCCAAAAAGAAAAAUGAAAUCCAACCCAGCUUAUGCAUCAUCUUCUCCAGAAGAUGGGCACAAGGAACAGCUUGAGAGGGAAAGGCACAAUAUUAAAAGAAUGAGAAGGACAGUGGAAAGAGACAGUCCUCCAGCAGUGGACACUGCACCGCUGAAAUUCAAAGGGUACCUUGCAGAGGGGGCGGAGCACAUCUAUCGUACCCACACCUGCCCCAUAUGUCGGCGCUGCUUCAAGAUGCGGUCCCACCUGCAGGAGCACCUCCAUUUGCAUUUUCCUGACCCCAGUCUCCAGUGUCCCACCUGCAAGCGUUACUUCACCAGCAAGAGCAAGCUACGCAUACAUAGGCUCCGUGAGGCGGGUGAAAAGGUUCACCGCUGCCACUUGUGUGAAUACUCUGCCGUCGAGCGGAACGCGAUCCGCCGCCACCUUGUCAGCAUGCAUGCUGACGAGGCAGAAGGUGGCAUAAACAGUCACAGCUACCCUUGCCCCACCUGUGGGGAAAGUUUCCACCAAAGCAGGUCACUGAAGGCUCACAUGAAGAUGCACAACAUCCUACCAGACAGCGAGCCAGUGGCCUGCUUCCAAGAGGCUUGUUCUUUCCACAGUUCUGUGCGCAAAGAGCUUCUCAGACACGCUGUCCAAGUCCAUGGGAUCAAGGCAGUAGAAUGUCGCCAUCAUGCUUGUGGUGCCAUUUUUCCAAAAGAGAAGGACAUGGAGGCUCAUUAUCGGACACACCUCGCCUACCACUGCUCGCAGUGUGACUUCUCUUGCUCCAAUAAAACAGUUUUCCUCCAGCACCAGCGGCACGGUCACCCAGGGAAUGAGGAGCUCUGCUGUGACUUUUGCUCCUUCGUCACGUUCAACCCUGUGGAGUUUGAGCAGCACAUUGGACACCUGCACGCCAACGAGAAGAUCCAUCGCUGUUCUCAGUGCAGCUACGUGACCUCGCAUAAACGUGGCUUGAAGAGACACAUGCUGAUGCACAGUGGUGAGAAGCCCCACAAGUGCAGCCUGUGUGAUUUCAGGUGCCGAGAUGAGUCCUACCUCUCUAAACAUAUGCUCACUCACUCCGACGACAAGAACUUCAUGUGCGCUGAAUGUGGAUACGUCACUAAAUGGAAGCACUAUCUGAACGUCCAUAUGAGGAAACAUGCAGGAGACCUCAGGUAUCAGUGUGAUCAGUGCCCGUAUCGCUGUCACCGCAUGGACCAGCUAAACAGCCACAAACUACGACAUCAGGCCAAAUCACUCAUGUGUGAGAUCUGUGCUUAUGCCUGCAAGCGCAAAUACGAGCUUCGCAAUCACAUGUUGGCCAAACACUCUGGAGAGGAGAAACAGCCAUCUGUAUUUAAGUGCAAAUACUGCACAUACACUACCUGCUACCGACAAGCCCUUCAAAAUCAUGAGAACUGCAAACACACCAAGCUGAAAGAGUUCCGCUGUGCCCUCUGCUUCUAUUCCUCCUUCAGCAGCAUCAGCCUCUUCUUGCACAAGAGGAAAGCUCAUGGGUACGUACCCGGGGACAAAGCAUGGCUGGAGAACUACGCUGCAAAGGAGAAGGAGAGGAACUCAGCAGAGAUCUUGCAGGAUUUUUACAAUAAGGCCUCAACAGCUCAUGAUCUGUCUGAACAAUCCACUGAGGGGCAUCCACCAUCCCAGAGAGAACAGUCUGAUCUUCCAGGUGCAGCAGAUCACAGCGCAAGCAAAGAAACUGCACCUGGAUCACAAACUGUGGAUGCAGUAAAUGUUUUUGAUGUCGUUUCUCAAGAGGUUGUUAAUGAAGGUAUUUCAGGCAGUCCUCCGUCUGCCAACAGUCCAGAGGAGUACUGUACUCUUAUUUUAACUGCACUGUCUGCCACUGAUUAUCAAACCCCCUCAUUGGAAAAUGUGGUGGAGGACUGUGCAAAUCAAACUCCAAGGACAGCUGCCUCUGUUGCAUCUCAAGAAAAGGCAGACUUCUCUACAUCGGCGAGUUCAUCAGAGGAAGAUAAUGUGGCGACGCAACAUGAAGGGUGCGAACUCAGUGACGUAGAUGGCGGCUAUGAGCCUCUGAAUCAUUCAGCCAGUCGACCAGUUGAUCCUGGGAAGUGCCAAACUCCUGAGGUGGAGAGUGAUGGCGAAACAAUCGGCUCCAUUUUGCCUCCUGAGCAAAAUCAGCCGUUAGAAUCUGAAGUCCGUCUGAAAGCAAUGAAGAAGCACGACAAGGACCAAGCAGAAGCCAUGGUUUUGGAGGGACGGGUGCAGAUGCAUGUGGUGCCGACUAAAGACGUUUAUCGCUGUGACAAGUGCUCUUAUGUAACCUUCAAGGAGACCACUUUGAAGUACCACUGCCAGGCGUCGUGCCACGGAAAGAUAAAGGAACACAAGUGCCAAGCCUGUGGUGCACAGUUCAAACAGAGGCGAGGCCUUGUUAGUCACCUUGCAAAGAAGUGCCCGGCACUUCCACGAAAAACAAGGACAUUUGUAGGCAUUUCAAAUACAUGUCUAGCUACAGAGGAGAGCUCUGAUCAGGGUAAGGAGGGAUCCAAAACGCUGCCUGAGGGAACAGAUUCUGAUCAGACCGAGCUUCUGUCUUCACAAAAUAACAUUUCCACAGGCUCAAAUGAUCAGGAAUGUCAUCAGCAAGAAGAGGACGUGUCUACAUCUCAUUUAACAGUAGGUGAAGGGUUUGAUGAUGAUGAUGCCCCUGCACCCACUGAAUCAGGACAUCAGCAAAGCAAUAAUAGUAAGAUACUGAAAGUCAAGCUUGUGAAAAAACAGUUGGCUUCACGUGACAAAGGCAGAGGUGCAUCACAGCAGAAAAAGUCCCUUUACACUAAAAAAGAUGGGAAGUUUAAAUGCAAACGGUGCGAUUUUUCAGCGGUCAGGGUCGCAACGGUUGAACGGCACCUCUCAACCUGCCAAAAAAAGUUUAGGAAAAGAGAGGAGAAAGAAGCGGAUGAUAAGUGUGACAAUGAGUCAGCCAAAGAGAAAGAGGACAUGGAGGCUGAGUACAAUGAAAGAAGCAAAUUUAAAAUUUCUUUAACCCGUCAUGUUCUGCAUGUUCACGAGAAGAAGAAGAAGUUUGGUGUUUCUAAACCGAAACAUUUGCAUUGCCAGCACUGUACUUUCACCUGUAAGCAAGAACGAUGCAUGGCACAGCACGUGGCACUCAAACACAAAGGCGUCAGGCCUCACCGCUGCCAGUACUGUCCUUUUGCCACCACGAGGCGCUAUCGCUUGGAGGAGCACGAGUCUCUUCACACUGGAAUCGGUCGUCACAAGUGCGACACGUGCGACAAGACCUUCGGGGCUGUGACCAAAUUGCGUCAGCACAAGAUGCGCAUCCACGACAAACAGCCUACACACUUCUGCUCACUGUGCGACUUCAGCGGCUACACGCUUGACGACGUGAGGCGGCACAACCUCAGAUGCCACACAGGGGAGUUAGGGCAUGCUUGCACUCACUGUGACGCUCGCUUCAGCUCAGAAAUAGCUCUGAGAAACCACUGUAAGCGUGUGCAUAAGCUUCAAGUCUGUUUCUCAUGCAAGCAGUGUGACUACACAUGUAGCAGCGAGGCCACACUGAAGACCCACCAACAAAGCAAGCACCGUCAGGUAAAGUGCUCCACCUGCCAGGAGCCUUUCGAGACAAAGGAGAGCCUGGAGAUCCAUCAGAGGUCCCACCUGGCACAUCAGUGCCAGCUGUGCCCCUUUGCCACUAAAGCGCGGCAGCUGUUAGCUCAGCACCUCCUGAACGAACACGAGGAGGGAUCUCUGGAGGACAAGCCUCUCAAGUGCGGCGCUUGUCCGUUUGCUUGUCGGCAUCAGCUGGUGUUCGAGCAGCAUCUCCGUUCACACGGAGGCAAGCGUCUGUACACGUGCACGGACUGCAAGUAUUCAACCCGCAACAAGCAGAAGAUCACAUGGCACAUUCGCAUACACACUGGGGAGAAGCCUUACAGCUGUGAGCAGUGCAGUUACACCUGCACCGAUCCAUCUAGGCUCAAGCUUCAUAUGAGGGUUCACCAAGAAGAGAAGAAGUACCUUUGUCCAGAGUGCGGCUACAAAUGCAAGUGGGCGACUCAGCUGAAGUACCACAUGACCAAGCACACAGGAGAGAAGCCAUAUGCCUGCGAUGAGUGUGACUACCGCACCAACAGAGCGGACGCCCUGCGUGCCCACCGGGACACUCAGCACUGCGACACGAGGCCUUACGUCUGUGAAAAAUGUGGCAAAGCCUUCAAGACUAGUUUCAUACUGAAGACCCACCAGCGGCAGCACAGCGACGAUCGGCCUUACACGUGCGGAUUGUGCCACAAGGCCUUCAGGUGGCCGGCAGGUCUCAGGCAUCACUACCUCUCUCACACCAAGCAGCAGCCUUUCUGCUGUCGCCACUGCUCCUACAGAGCCAAACAGAAGUUCCAAGUGGUCAAGCAUUUGCAAAGACACCACCCGGAGAUGUCCGUAGAGGAAGGGGUGGUGAGAGACUCUGAAGCUGUGAGCCUGACCCUGAAGGAGGCCCUGCAGGGGACUCUGGAUGAGAGAGCAGCAGAGGUGGAGGAAGAGGGGAAAGCCAUUGAAGUAGAAGUAGUAGCAGUUGAAGAUGUUGUGCAAAGAGGGGAAGAGAGUGAGACACAACACUGAAAAGAGUGUUUAAUUCAGACUUUGAAAGUUUAUCACUGUUAACAGUGACAGAUCUGUCAAUAUUAAAUUCAUCACUGGAUUUAAUUGUAUUGUAAAAGGCUAGGAAAACACAUCAGUACAUAUUGCUAAGUGAGGGAAUGUAGAUUGAAUGAAGUGUGUGUGUGUGUGUGUGUUAGAUAAAGAACUAUAAUACCGUGAAUAAAUGAACUUGAACAAUAAA